CCAUAAUUAUACAUCAGUCAUCAACCAUAACGCUCGAACCAUUUCCACAUCAGUUUUUUCCCUUUUCGAUAUCUCUGCAAAUCUGCGACUCUCUGCUCUCUGCUCCAACCCCCUCCUCUUCACUCUUCUUCACAAUCCCUGUCUCGCGAAUUUAUGGCACUACCCGCACGACAGUCCGUCCCUUCCUUUGAUCACUAGCAAAUGUACGACCGAGGAUUAGCAACCCAAAAGCUGUCGAAUUCCAUCUGAUUUGGUGCCUCUCAUGGUGUGAAAAGCAGAACUGUUCUCUCGUAUUCUUGGCAUCAGUACAACUGGCUCAACAUGCUGUUACUCUUACUCAACUAAAACUUCAGCACCACAUUGUCGUUGGCCUUAAAGUUACAGCUCAGUAAUGAAACCAACCAUUGAUCUGGAAGUGGAGGCCGUCUCGGAAAAUGACUCUGAGAUUAGUAGCCAAGUCGCCUCCAAUCUAUCCAAUCAAGAGCCCUCCAUGGGUCCCUCCAAUGACAGCCUUGCUAACUCUUCCUACCUCAUCAGCCCUUCGGCUGUUGGAUCAGGUUCCGAAACUGUGUUCCUAGACUUGAGCCUUGGUUGCAGCAAUGAUGAGUCCAGCGGGAGGGAUUCUGUAGGAGUCGCCUUCUCGAGCACCAGCGAAUGUAGCAAUGAGCCCGAAUCUCAUCCGGCAGCUGCAGGACCAACCACUUCAAGAGUCUUUUCUUGCAAUUACUGUCAAAGGAAGUUUUUCAGCUCACAGGCACUCGGUGGCCAUCAGAACGCGCACAAGAGAGAGAGGACCCUGGCAAAGCGGGCAAUGAGGAUGGGCAUGUUUUCUUCACAGAGAUAUUCCAGCUUGGCGUCUUUGCCUUUGCACGGGUCUCCCACUGUCAGGGAUCUGGGGAUCAAAGCGCAUUCUUCCGUGCACCAGGUGCACCAAGGCAUGUUGCAACAGACAAGACCACAUGAUCUGAGCAGUGGUCCAAGAUUCGGAGACGGCUUUCUAGGUGUUCCGAUCUUCAUAGAAGAUGAUGAUGUUGAGCUGUUGUGGCCUGGCAGCUUCCGUCAGGCGGCACAAGCACACGCUCCUCAACCGAGUUUUGUUCUAACUGGAGGUUCUAACAUAAGCUUCGUCGGGGUGAAUCCACCAUCUGAUGCAGGCAAUUCAGCUCCUGACUUGACACUGAAACUUUAAAAGAGGUUAAUCUUCAGUUAAGUCUCAUGUUUGCUUAACCCAACAUUGCACUUCUGCUUUCUUUUGGUAUAUUCCCAAAUGUUCUUUCCAGUUCCUUUCCUGUAAGUUCUCACUCCAGUAUGAAGUCUAUAAAUUUUUAGUUGUUCUAGGGUUGAUAUUGUAACUCUCCUGCUUGUUGUACUGCUGAUCAUGCUCUGAUUGCUUGUUAUGCUUGUUGCUUUCUGCUUAAA